AUGGAGAUUAAAGAAGAACCCUGCAGAAUAAAAGAAGAAGUUACAGAGGAACAAACUGACCUGAUGGAACAAAGUGAAGUGGAGGAGAAACUCCAUCAGUUUCAGAAACCUCAACAAAACACUCAAAGAAGAGGAGAGAAAUGUUCUUACACCUGCUCUCAGUGUGGAAAGAGACUCGCAUCUAAAUCAGGCUUAAAGAGACACAUGAGGAUCCACAAUGAAGAGAAACCCUUCACAUGCCAUCAGUGUGGAAAGAGCUUCACAUGGGCACAAAGUCUCAAAAAACAUCUGAUGAUUCACUCAGGAGAAAGAUCAUUUGGCUGUGAUCAGUGUGACAAGAAAUUUAUUUUGGAAGGGGACCUGAAAAGACACAUGAAAAUUCAUGCAGAUGUGAAGCCUCACGUGUGUUCUGUUUGUGGAAAGAGUUUUUCAAUACAGGCGUAUUUAAAAAAGCAUGAGCAUAUUCAUACUGGUGUGAGACCUUAUGUGUGCUUUGACUGUGGGAAGAGCUUUAUUACAUCAGACGACUUAAAAACACACCAGAGAAUUCAUACUGGAGAGAAACCGUACGAGUGCUCACACUGUGGAAAGAGUUUCGCUCAGUCAGGAGCCAUGAAAGCUCAUGAGAGAAUUCAUACUGGAGAGAAACCGUACAAGUGCUCUUCAUGUGGAAAGCGUUUCAGCCAAUCAUCUCAUCUACAGACUCAUAAGAAAAAGUAUUGUCCAAAGUGA